CCCGCCGGCGGCCCCGGGCCCAGAGCGCCGAGCGCCGAGCGCGGGCCGGCGGCUGCCAUGGGCGCACAGUGAGUGGCUGCGCAGCGCGGACUUCCCCGGCGGCGCCGAGCUCCUCGGUCACCAUGAAAGACGACUUCGCAGAGGAGGAGGAGGUGCAAUCCUUCGGUUAUAAGCGGUUUGGUAUUCAGGAAGGAACUCAAUGUACCAAAUGUAAAAAUAGCUGGGCACUGAAGUUUUCCAUCAUAUUAUUAUACAUUUUGUGUGCCUUAUUGACAAUCACAGUAGCCAUUUUGGGAUACAAAGUUGUAGAGAAAAUGGACAAUGUUACAGGUGGCAUGGAGACAUCGCGCCAAACCUAUGAUGACAAGCUCACAGCAGUGGAAAGUGACCUGAAAAAAUUAGGAGACCAGACUGGGAAGAAAGCUCUAAGCACCAAUUCAGAACUCUCUUCCUUCAGAUCAGACAUUCUGGAUCUUCGUCAACAACUGCAUGAGAUUACCGAAAAGACCAGCAAGAACAAAGAUACACUGGAGAAGCUACAAGCAAGUGGGGACGCACUGGUAGACAGGCAGAGUCAACUGAAAGAAACUUUGGAGAACAACUCUUUCCUCAUCACCACCGUCAACAAAACCCUCCAGGCCUAUAACGGCUAUGUCUCGAAUCUGCAACAAGAUACCAGCGUGCUGCAGGGUAACCUCCAGAGCCAGAUGUAUUCUCAUAAUGUGGUCAUUAUGAACCUCAACAACCUGAACCUGACACAGGUCCAACAGAGGAACCUCAUCUCUAAUCUGCAGCGCUCUGUGGAUGACACAAGCCAGGCUAUCCAGCGAAUUAAGAACGACUUCCAAAAUCUGCAGCAGGUUUUUCUUCAAGCCAAGAAGGACACCGAUUGGCUGAAAGAAAAAGUGCAGAGCUUGCAGACACUAGCUGCCAAUAAUUCUGCCUUGGCCAAAGCCAACAACGACACUCUAGAGGAUAUGAACAGCCAACUUAACUCAUUCACAGGUCAGAUGGACAAUAUCACCGCAGCCUCACAAGCCAACGAGCAGAACCUGAAAGACCUGCAGGAUGUACACAAGGAUGCAGAGAACAGAACAACGAUUAAGUUCAGUCAGCUGGAAGAACGUUUUCAACUCUUUGAGACAGACAUUGUGAACAUCAUUAGCAACAUCAGUUACACAGCCCACCACCUGCGGACGCUCACCAGCAACCUGAAUGAAGUCAGGACCACUUGCACAGAUACCCUGACCAAACACACGGAUGACCUGACCUCCUUGAAUAACACGUUGGCCAACAUCCGUUUGGAUUCUGUUUCUCUCAGGAUGCAACAAGAUAUGAUGAGGUCCAGGCUAGACACCGAAGUUGCCAACUUAUCGGUGAUAAUGGAAGAAAUGAAGCUGGUGGACUCCAAGCAUGGUCAGCUCAUCAAGAAUUUUACAAUACUACAAGGUCCUCCUGGUCCCCGGGGUCCCAAAGGUGACAGAGGACAGCAGGGACCCCCUGGUCCCACUGGCAACAAAGGACAAAAAGGAGAAAAGGGAGAACCAGGUCCCCCGGGCCCUGCUGGUGAGAGGGGUCCCAUUGGGCCUAUCGGACCCCCCGGAGAGCGCGGAGGAAAAGGCUCCAAAGGUCUACAGGGUCCCAAAGGCUCCCGAGGGUCCCCCGGGAAACCCGGCCCUCAGGGCCCCAGUGGGGAUCCAGGUCCUGCGGGCCCACCGGGCAAGGACGGACUUCCAGGUCCCCAGGGCCCUCCUGGUUUCCAGGGGCUGCAGGGGACUGUGGGGGAACCCGGUGUGCCUGGACCCAGAGGGCUGCCAGGCUUGCCUGGGGUGCCAGGCAUGCCAGGCCCCAAGGGCCCCCCAGGUCCCCCAGGCCCCUCAGGAGCAGCGGUGCCCCUGGCCCUGCAGAAUGAGCCAACCACAGCACCGGAAGCCAAUGGCUGCCCACCUCACUGGAAGAACUUCACAGAUAAAUGUUACUAUUUUUCGGUGGAGAAAGACAUUUUUGAUGAUGCAAAACUUUUCUGUGAAGACAAGUCUUCACAUCUCGUCUUCAUAAACACAAGAGAGGAGCAGCAAUGGAUAAAAAAACAAAUCGUCGGGAGAGAUAGCCACUGGAUUGGCCUCACAGACUCAGAACAUGAAAAUGAAUGGAAGUGGCUGGAUGGAACAUCUCCAGAAUUUAAAAAUUGGAAGGCGGGACAGCCAGAUAACUGGGGUCAUGGCCAUGGGCCUGGAGAAGACUGUGCUGGGCUGAUUUAUGCUGGGCAGUGGAAUGAUUUCCAGUGUGAAGAUGUCAAUCACUUCAUUUGUGAAAAAGACAGGGAGACAGUUCUAUCAUCUGCCAUAUAAUGAACUGAGGCAAAAACACGAACAAAUGUUUGGACAGUUCUCCAGGACAAAGGAUACUUCUUUCUGAUGCAUUACCUUUUCACCAGAUGGGGGAGGGGGGAAGAUCAAAGCACUGAAAGCCAAUUACUGAAAAAAAAAAAAUUGACAGCUGUGUUCUUUACCAUCCACCAUUACCCAAGGACUUGGGAACAAAAAUGUUGCUCAGCAUGACGUGAUUUUCCGUAUGCACAAGAACUGAACUGCAGAGAUUUCUCUCCGCCAGUAACUACACAAUUAUGCAAAUACUGCCUUCCAAAGUAUAAAAUGCUCCAGUCAGAAAAAGACUCACUGCUCGUUGAGCAAUAGCAACUUAAAACAUACACUGUGUAAACAGUCCCUUCCAUUCUAAAAUCCCAAAUGUAGGAAGAAUAUGCAGACAUACAAAUAUAUAGGCCAACUCUUAGUAAUAAUAUGAAAUAUACCUAAAGAGCUUUUAAAACUUUUGUAUUUUUGUACAAAAUAUUUGCCUUUUGCAAUUUUUUCUUUCAUUCUUCUUUCUUGUUGUUGUUAUUUUACAAUUAUAAUACAUGGAGCCAAAGAAAACAGUAAUGGUACUAAUAAAACCUCAAUGGGUUUCUGUCAAAUUUAAUUGUACCCAAAGAAGUUUUUUCAAUUGUUGAUAAAAAGAAGUAUGUGUAUGAAUAUAUAUUUAAUGUAUCAUUUUCUCAGAGAAAUCAAUCACUUGAAGUAUCUAGAAACAUCCUUGCAGUUUUUGCCAGUUUAGAUCAAGCCUGAACAUACAUGCAUGGCUCAUCCAGGUGGGUCAUACACUGUCACCAGCCAGCACUCUCACUGCGUGCCUGGCCACAUCCGUAGGAGGUGGUCGACUUGAAAUGUGCCUAUGCUUUUUUUCGGUGGAAUCAGGGAUGGGCGAGGGGUUUCUACUGGGAGGGGCAGGGCACUUGACUAUGUAGAAGGUGGCUUGAAUAUGAAUGAAUCUACUUGAUGUCAGACUCCUGCCUGCUACAUCUAAAAUUGAACCAUCAGGAAAGUAUGGUACUGCAUCAGCCAAAGGCUGAGAAAAUACAAUGGAAAAUCUGUGUUCUAUCAUGAAAGAUUAUGUUUUCUAAGUCAGAUCCCCAAAAGUAUAAUUCCAAAGCAGGGUAUAUGAUGAGAUACCAGAAUGAAUUUUUGGCUCAUAUGGUGAACUCUUACAAAGAAAGAAUUUUUCCUCUAAUCCCAUCUUUCUUUUCUUUGACCUGCCACUGAAAACUUUAGCACAAAACAUCCUAGUGAGAGGCACUAAAUAGCACCAAUGUUCAAAGACUAGAUUUCAACCCAACAGAUUUCCUCUUCUCCAUCCCGUAAAGCUUCCUGGGCAGUGCUGCUACCUAUCCCAAAUAAAAUGGUAAAAGAAUAAAGACAGAGUUUUGACUUUCA